UAGUCACUUAUAGGAUAUGAAAUAGACCUGCGGGGAGAGACAGACGCACAGAAACAGAGAAGGAAAGAUGAAGCUCCAACAAGUCCUCAGCUUGUGCAUGCUACUAGCGACAGCUUGGGCUGCCGACUUGGCUUCAAUCAUAGAUCCCCGAGGAGCUCGUCCGGUUGAGCACGGAUACAAGGCUGACAAGUGUGCCACAGAGAAGACCUGGCCAUUCUGCACAGAUGAUGAUUGGGGUCCCAAAUGUCCAUCUGGGUGCCGGAUCCAAGGCCUCCUGGACAAAACUGACCACGAUCUGCUGAACAGGAUCAACAAGAUUCGCCAACUCCUUGAUGAUAAUCGUCAGAAGUACCGCUCCACCGACCAGUCAUCCAAGCAGACAUAUGACUACCUUCGUGAUCGUCUCACCACCAGCUCAGGCGAUGAAAACAAGUACAUGUCACUGGCGGAGUCCUUGAGGCAGAGGAUUGUGGAGGUCAAGAUUAAGAUCGAACGCCAGCUGAACAUUCUGGAGGCCCUCAAGACACGGGUCAGGGAACAAGUCAUAGAGAUGCAGAGGCUGGAGGUGGACAUCGACAUGAAGCUGCGCAGCUGCAAGGGCUCAUGUGCUGAGUACGCCAAGUUCUCCGCGGACCGGGAGAGCUACGUGGCUAUUGACAAGCAGCUGGACCAGCUGGAGUCCAUCCGGGUCAACAGUGUGGAGUCAGUGGGCUCCCUGCGGGUGAUGAAGAGCCGCCCAAUGAAGGAGGUGACCGUGCCGUCCAUCUACAAGUCUGGGCUGGGCAGCGAGGCGGAGGAGCAGAAGCAGUACUUCGCGGAUGUCGGCCAGGCCAAGUUGACGCUGCAGGCCGAGGGGGCCACCGCCGAUGCACCAGCUACCGUCAGUAAGAUCCCAGGUACGGAUUCCUCAUCAUCCGCCUCGUCCACGUCUCGGGUAACCACCAGCACCACCACCUUGAAGUGCACCCGCACCGUGCGCAAAGUCACAACGCACACCAAGGACGGGCCCGUGGAGAAGUUCGAGGAGGUGUUAUCCGGGGAAGGUUGCGAUGCCAUGACAGGGGGUGACCGCUCCAUGACCUCCCUCACCCAGGGAGGCUUUGGCGAGUCGUUUACCGGUGAUCCCUUUAAGAUGGCCGGUGGCUUUGGCAGUGCAGGCUCCACCAAAACCAUGGGGUCCACUAAGACCAUGAGCUCCACCAAGACCCUGCUGAGCGGCACCAAAGGCUCCGCCUUCGGGGAUGAUUUUGGGGCAUUUGGCCGUGGCGAUGUAGAUGACGACCUACCGGACAUCUUCGCCCGGAGCGGAAGGCCAGGAACACAGUCCGCUGGGGAAAUGGAGAAAAUCCCCACAGAUGUAGAGUAAUGUGUAAAGUGCUGCCUGACGUUGGUUGCAGCAGUGCAGCAUUAGCGAGUGAACAGAUAUCAUCCAGACAAACCUUUACAGAGUUGCACUACAGUCACAUAACAGUUGAAUGAAAAGAUUAGGCUAUGCAUCAGAUACCGAGAUCAGGGUGAGUUUUGCAUACAAGAUUGUGAAGUGGGAAAUGUUUAAUGAUGUCUAGAGACUUAAGACAGUGUUAACAGAACUUGUUAUUGGAGAAAUUGAAUACAAUAAGUAGUGCAAAUAACUCUAAACUCAAAAAAAGGCUUUAUGAAAAGACAUCUGAAGUUGUGUUGCUUCCGUGACUGUUAUGAGAAUUGUACAGGUUUUAUAAGGAGAAUUGUAUAGGUGAGAACCAUUUGAGCAUGUGAUCAAUAAAGAUAAUGUUCACUUUA